UAGAAAAAAUAAUUGCUGCUGAUAACAAGAUAUAAUCUGUCAUUUACACUGAAAAUUCAGCUGUAUGGGAGAAUCUCUUAUCAUGGCGGCUGAUGACGUACAUGCGGCAAUUCAUUACCGCUGCUGUGCCUAUAGGGAUAGCAUUAAUGGUUGCAGAGUAACACACUUUCCAAUAUCUAUAAUAAUGCCUGAGUGUCAAGCGAAAUUUUGCACUGUGGUUAGAGGAAAAGGAAUAUCUACCUUUAGCAUCCCCAAUCCCCAAAAAAAUUAUGAACUUUGUGCAAGAUGGAUCCAUAACCUAGGAAAUGCAAAAUUAAAUCCAAAAACAUUUGUUUUUUCAAGAGAUAAAAUUGUAUGUGAACGGCAUUUUGAGAAAGAUUGUUUUAAAGAGGAUAUAAGGGCUAAAAUAAUGGGAUACACACCAAAGAGAAAACUAUUAAAAGAAGAUGCACUGCCUACAAUAUUUGAUGACAGCAAGCCCAAGAAAAUAAGGGAAAGUAGUUCAAAAAGAUAUGAGAAAAAGGAAAAGCAGGAGCUAAUCAAUCGUCUUCUGGAAAACACAUGUACAGAACCUUGUGACCAACCUGGACCAUCAACAUCUAAGGAAACGGAUGUACCAAUAAAUCAAAGAAAGAGAAAACUACCAGGAAAAAUAAAAUCCUCCAAAAAAAUAAAGCUCAAUGAAGACAUGGAUAUCCCAGUUUUUAUCCAUACUGAAGAUAAAUCAACUUCCUGCAACAUAGAGAUCGAAUUGCCCAAUCAUUGUUCAGCAUGUGUGCUAAGGAAUGAUCCAACGAUCUCAAUAUCAGAUCAUGCUUAUUUCAAAACUCCAACUCUCACAUCUACACCUAUGAAAAAGCCUGUCACAGAUUCCUUACAACAUGUACAUUCUCUGCGACUUGAAAGAAUGUCACAAUGUCCACAAGAGCACCAAUUUUUAUCAUUUCUUCUGUCAUUUUCAUCAAUCCAUUCCAAAUCACUAGUGUUUUCAUUUGAAGCUGCCAAUAAUUCCUCUUCAUUAAACUCGGGCUCAUAUUGAUAUCCUUUGCAGUCAGACAUGACCAGCUGCUUUCACUCGGAGGCAAUUGCCCGGUAUACGUCAUAAGCAGAUGGGAUUGUGGGAAAUAUCUUAAAGAGCGAUAACUUUAUCUUGCAAAAUGGCAGCCUCCAGCAGCUGAUGUUUAGCUCUAUUUAUGAGCUGAUUUCUACACAACUGAUUACAAUCAGAUAAAAAUAACCAGUGGGAUUAAUUACCAACUAUAAAGUAUUUAAGAUGUGAAUUUUUUUUUUUAUACCAUACGUUCCCUUUAAGUACUUUGAUUUCCUGGGUCAUUCACUUUUCUCCUUUAACUUGCUAGUAUUCCCAAGUGUUUCAAUGGACCAAACCAUGCAAAUCAUUACACAUAUCCACACUUGUGUGUAUGAAAAGCUUUCAAAUUACUGUGACUAGGUUUAUGAGUCCACAAAUUAACAUAAGAGCUAACGGUUCUGCUAAGAAUGGAUUAAGCGAAAAUUGUUACCGCUGGGGCAUGAUGAUAUUAUUCGCUCCGCGGAGCAAAUCAGUUUGACAUGCUUGGUUUAUACUGUUAACUAUUGACUUUUUAUAAUCAUGCAUUUAUUCCGUUUAUAAAAGCAAAAAUCAUUCAUUCACAUUUACGGAAUAAAUGCUAUAAGUC